UGGCUGAGUGUGCGCCCAUUUCAUUGCAGCUUGUCAAUGCAUCUUUCUCAGUCACCACCGGAUGGGAGGAGAGGAGGAGGAUAGACGCGUUAGAGUAGGCAGGGGAGAAAGAGAGCGAGGAAGAGAAAGCGAGAGGAGGAGGAACGGGUGGAUAAGGAAUAAAGGUGUAACCCAAUCUACUGACACAAUCAAGGGAGGGCUUUUCUCCCCCCUUAUCUUUAUUUCUAAAUGAUUUCAUGGGGCUUUUGCGUUUAUUCUAAGCAGAGCGAGCAGGGAGCCAUCCACUGUUUCUGACGCUGAAGAAAGAGGAGGGAGAGGCAAACUAUGAUCCGAGGAUGAUUUCUGCUAAGAAAACUCCGGAGAAGAGUCGUUAUCCUAUCCACUAUCUGGUGUGGCACAACAAACACCGACAACUGGAGAAGGAGCUUGCAAGGAACGAGCAGACCGAUUUAGAGUCUCUGGACCCUCGUGGUCGUACUCCUCUUCACCUCGCUGUCACACUGGGCCACCUGGACUGCGCCAGGGUCCUGCUGCAGCACGGCGCUGACGUUAGCAAGGAGAACCGCAACGGAUGGACAGUUCUUCAGGAGGCGGUGAGUACCAGAGAUCCGGAGCUGGUGCGUCUCGUGCUUCGUUACCGUGACUACCAGAGGACUGCCAAGAGACUGGCGGGCAUCCCCGUCCUGCUGGAGCGACUGCGCCAAGCCCAAGACUUCUAUGUGGAGAUGAAAUGGGAGUUUACCAGCUGGGUGCCCCUGGUGUCUCGCAUCUGCCCCAGUGACACAUACAGAGUUUGGAAGAGUGGUCAGUGUCUCCGUGUUGACACCACCCUGAUGGGAUUUGAACAGAUGACCUGGCAGAGAGGAAACCGGAGCUUCAUUUUCAAGGGACAAGACUCCAGCGCCGAGGUGAUGGAGGUCGACCACGACAGGCAGCUGGUGUUCUGUGAGACCUUGUGCGUGUCAUCGCUCACAGCGCUCUCGCCGGGCAGGGGGAAGGGUGGUGCCUGCAGCAGCACCACAGCUGGGUUGGGCCUUCUGGGAGUAAUGCAGCCCACUGACGAGCAGGUAGCGGCCCGGCUGUCUGCCCCAGUGGUGACCACGCAGCUGGACACUCGCAACAUCGCGUUCGAGAGGAACAAGACGGGCAUCCUGGGAUGGAGGAGCGAGAAGACCGAGACGGUGAAUGGAUAUGAAGCAAAGGUGUAUGCAGCAUCCAAUGUUGAGCUGAUUACCAGGACCAGAACCGACCAUCUGUCAGACCAGAACAAGAACAAGAUAAAAGGUGGGAAGACUCCACUGCAGAACUUCCUCGGGAUUGCAGAACAGCACAUGGGGCCUAAUAACGGGGCUCUGGUGACCCAGAUGUCGUCCCCCGUGGUGACGAACCCCGCCGCGCUGACCGCUGAGGAAUACUUCAACCCCAGCUCGACGACCACUCAGAGGGAUAUCGGCCACCCGUGCCAGCUCACAACCAAGACACAGAGGUUUAAAGCUAAGUUGUGGCUGUGUGAGUCCCACCCUCUUUCCCUGGCAGAACAAGUGGUGCCUAUCAUCGAUCUCAUGGCGAUCUCGAACGCCCUGUUCGCUAAGCUGCGUGACUUCAUCACUCUGCGUUUGCCGCCUGGCUUCCCUGUCAAGAUUGAGAUCCCUCUUUACCACAUCCUGAAUGCCAGGAUCACCUUUAGUAACCUGAAUGGCUGUGAGGAGGGAGCCGGUGUCCGUGCUGACAACGAAGUGGUGGUGGAGGGCGAAAGACAGAGGGACACCCCGAGGACAGACACCCCUUCUCCGGGCAGCGACUCCUCCAGCGUCUCCAGCUCUAGUUCCACCAUGUCCUGUCGAGCCAGCGAGAUUCCCCCGUGUGUGUUUGAGGCCCCACCUGGAUACACCAUGCUAGGAGGCAAACAGAGAGACAGCAUGAGGGAGGAGGAGGAGGAUCUGCUGCAGUUUGCCAUACAGCAGAGCCUGCUGGAGGCUGGCUCCGAAUACGAUCAGGUGACCAUCUGGGAGGCGCUGACCAACAGCAAGCCGGGGACUCACCCUCUGUCCUGCGACCCGAGUCGUGUCGAGAGCACCCCCCAGCACAAGCCCCGCCCCCCCACCAGCCUUUGCUCCACCCCCUCCAAGAAGAAGCCGACCACCUGCAGCUACGACGAGCAGCUGCGCAUCGCCAUGGAGAUCUCAGCCCGGGAGCAACAGGAGGCGGAGCUUCGGCAGCAGCAGGAGGAAGAGGAGCUGCAGCGCAUCAUCCAGCUGUCACUCAUGGAGAAAUGAGCCCCUCACCCCACACCCUCCCUCUGAACCAGGCGGGCCUGCCAGGGUGGGGGUCUGGACUGAGGGAGGUGGGAGGAAAAGGGCAGAAGUGUCCAGUGAAAUUUAAAAAGAAAACCAUCUUAGAGGUAACAUCUGACCUGGCCGUCUCUCCCCUCGCCUCAGCCAGACCCUUUUCCCGUGAAGCCAUGAGGUGGUUACGUCUCCCCGGCUUCACGCAGCCAGAGAUGGACGCACGCCUCGUCUCUCUUCUGCCACAUCGGCACUUCCUCGACCAGUGCCAGUUUACAACCAACGACACAUCCGGUACAGUUUAACAGGAACUCCACCUCGAAUGAAUGAUUUCUGGGGGGGGGGUUGCAAGCGUGCAUGUUUGUCUGUGCGUGCGUGUGCGUUUAAAACAAACCAGCUCAACGCACAGAAGGUCAAUAAGGUCAACUAAAUGGUUCCCCUAAAUGUAGUGUGUCAGGCCAACUCACUGCUCCAGCACCUAAUGCACACUCACCCCACGCUCCCGUCAUCACUGAGCGCGUGUGGUUUUCAGUCCUGACUGCGUUGAAGAGCGCAGCGGCAUGGAGAACGCCUUCCUCAUUUAAAGGCCGACAAAUAAUCAGACUUCCUCAGUUUUUAAUGAAAAUUUUUAAAAUGAUGGACUAAUGUGUUUCUUCUUCUUCUCUUUUUUUUUUUUUUGAUUUGCACAAAAUCCAGAUGUACUGUACUUGUGGGUGAAGCACAUAUAUGACUGUUAAUGGGUGUUUCAGUUCGAGCACAAAGUUUAAAACAAAAAAAGAAACCCAGGCCGGGGUUUAGUUUUAAACCUUGACGCUGGGCUUUGCAAGGAGCAUAGUAAUGAUGAGACUCCCAGAUGAACACUAGGUGUGUACUAACUAUACUGUAUGUGAAGUAGAGCAUUUAUUAAUAAAAACAGUAAGAGGAAUAAAGGUUUGUGUGUGGAUCGUGGGUUAGAGAAGAGUUUUCUCUGUAAAUUUGCUUUUUCUCACCUUACAUGAGCUGAUGGUUGUUUGUUUUUGUUUUUUUGUGCGUGUGUUUCUGUGCAUUCUAAUAUUUCAGCAUGGUCUGUAUCCAGUGGAAGGGGCGGGGGUCUUUUGCGACCUACGGCAAGUUUCACUAAGCAAAUUUUUUUUUUAAAAAGCUGGAAACUAAAACCCAGUGUAAAAUCACCCCUCAAAUGUUUUCUUAGAAAUUGGCAGGGUGCAAAUGUAGAUGAGCUCUGAGGGACUUGUUUUUGUGUGGAGGAUGACGAGAGCAGGGACACCUUAUGCUCUCUUUUUUUAAAUAAAGUGAGAAAUGUAAAACUUUCACACUCCAGUAUCAGCACAAACUGAGGAUACCACCUUCUCUUUUCCUUCUGUAAUUCAUGGUUCUAAGCUUGCCCGGUUGGGUUAAGAAGUAAAAAAAUGCUCCUUUUGUUUUUUACUUUUUGAAAAAAUGUUGCAAAACAUUAAAAAAGGACGGUGUUUUCAUGACGUAUGCUGGGAAGUGAAUUGACAUGAUUUAAAUAAAGGAAAAUCUUUUUUUUUUUGGAGAGCAAUGUA